AUGGAGCCCUCGCCGGUGCAAGCGGGCGCGUCGGACCGCGACCGCUCGCCGCCUCCGCCUCCGCCUCCGCCGUCCCAGUCGUCGACCGCAGCGACGAUCUCAUCGCCGCUUGCCGUCGUCUGCAGUUUCUGGAAAGAUUUUGAUUUGGAGAAGGAAAGAAGCGGUUUGGAUGAGCAAGGUUUAAAGAUUAUGGAGAAUCAAGAAACUAGUCAGAAGAACAGGCGUAAGCUUGCUGAGAACACGCUGGAUUUCAAAAAGGCAUCUUCAGAUGAGAAGCUCAGUUUAUUCAAUUCUUUGCUGAAGAGUUAUCAAGAGGAAGUUGAUAACCUCACAAAGAGAGCAAAGUUCGGAGAAAAUGCAUUUCUCAACAUCUAUCAGAAGCUCUAUGAAGCUCCUGAUCCAUAUCCAGCUCUUGCUUCAAUGGCUGAUCAAGACCAGAAAUUAUCUGAACUGGAGACUGAAAACCGUAAGAUGAAACUAGAGCUUGAAGAAUACCGUGCUGAAGCUGCGCACUUGAAGAACCAGCAGGCAACAAUUAGGCGACUUGAAGAGCGUAAUCGCCAACUGGAACAGCAGAUGGAGGAGAAAGUAAGGGAGAUGGUUGAAAUGAAGCAGCGAAGCAUGGCUGAGGAUAGCCAGAAAACUCUAGAAGCUCUGAAAGAUAGGGAAUGGUCAUUGCAGGACCAACUAAGGCAAGCUACAGAAAGUGUAAAGAAUAUGCAAAAGCUACAUGGAUCAGCGCAAAGCCAAUUGUUUGAGCUUCGCACUCAAUCAGAGGAGGAUCGAGCUGCAAAGGAGUCUGAAGUCAGCCUUCUGAUGGAUGAAGUUGAAAGGGCUCAAGCACGAUUAGUCAGUCUUGAGAGGGAAAAGGGCGAUCUACGUUCACAGUUGCAGACAACUAACGAGGAUGCAAGCAAAAGUAGUGACUAUUUGGAAUCAAGUGAUAUACUUGAGAGUUCCUUGAACGCCAAGGAGAAGAUUAUCUCAGAGUUGAAUGCAGAACUUCGCAACAUUGAAAGUACUUUAUCAAGUGAGAGAGAAAUGCAUGUGAACGAGCUUAAGAAGUUGACGACUUUACUCACUGAACAGGAAAGUGCUCUUAUGGAGUUGAAGAAAGAACUCCAGGAAAGACCUACGCAAAAACUAGUAGAUGAUCUCAAGAAAAAGGUUCAGAUUUUGCAGGCUGUUGGUUACAACUCCAUUGAAGCUGAAGACUGGGAGCUAGCUACCAAUGGUGAAGAAAUGAGCAAGUUGGAAGCAUUGCUUCUCGACAAGAACCGUAAAAUGGAGCAUGAGCUAACGCAACUGAAGGUUAAAAUAUCAGAGAAGACAAGUCAUCUUGAGGAAGCUGAAAAAAGGAUUGCUGGACUAACUUCAAAGGUCGAAGAGCAGCAAAAGCUGAUCUUGAAACUUGAGGAUGACAUACUAAAGGGCUACAGUUCAACUGAUAGGAGGGGCUCACUCUUGAAUGACUGGGAUCUUCAAGAAAUCGGCUCAAGUGAAGCAUCCGAGGGCUCUGAUCCAAGGCAUGCAUCAGCAGAUCAAGAUCAAAGUUCGAUGCUCAAGGUCAUUUGCAAUCAGAGGGACCGUUUCCGUGCACGUCUGCGUGAAACUGAGGAGGAACUGAGGAGACUAAAAGAGAAGUAUGAGAUGCUGACUGUUGAACUGGAAAAAACUAAAGCUGAUAAUGUGCAACUGUAUGGAAAGAUUCGAUAUGUCCAGGACUAUAGCCAUGACAAGAUUGUUUCCAGGGGACCAAAAAAGUAUGCAGAAGAUCUUGAAAGUGGUUCUUCUGAUGUUGAAGCAAAGUACAAGAAAAUGUAUGAGGAUGACAUAAAUCCGUUUGCUGCUUUUUCAAAGAAGGAAAAGGAUCAACGAUAUAAGGAACUUGGUUUAAGAGACAAAAUCACGCUUAGUAGUGGCCGUUUUCUCCUUGGUAACAAGUAUGAUACUAUCUUCCUUUGA